AUGAAUGCUCAAGAAAUGCUUGACAUUUCUGAAAUUCAUCCGAGAGAGAGCGAAAGUCCUGAGAUGUAUCAAACUUCAUUGAUUUCCAGUGAGUAAUUAUUGUGCAUUUGUUGUCUCUUCUUCACUGAUGUGUUAUUUAAGCAAGUACAUUGUUGCAGCAUUCAGAAUGGAAACGCGCAAAGUUCGAACUCCCUCGGCUCGCUUGUUGGCAGCGAAGUUAGACGAAGACAAAGGACAGUCGAUGUCGAUUCCUACUCCGAAAGCGGCCUCGAACAACCUCGCUUCCCAGUUGGCGUGAGUAAUUUGGCUUGAAAUUGUGUUACGUUCAUGUUAUAGUUAUUAUAGAAAAGUCGGAGAAACAUCCACUCCGGUCAGAAAUAUCCCGUCUAUGCCGUCGAAUGCUUCUUCCCAUGAAUCCAAUACAACCUCUCGUCUGAGCCGUAUGGAGAAAGAGCAGUCCCCAAUGGACGAAGAAAUAGAUAUUUCGAACACGGAAAUGGAAGAUACAAUUCCGAAAAGUGAAUCUCGCCAGAAUGUGAUUCAAGUGGAGCUGCUGAAACCCGAAAAAAUUGGGUCGAUCGUUCUGAACUCUGACUUCCCUGUUUCGAACGAAGUGACAAUCAGUUCGAUGAAAUACACUGGACGUCCUAAUGGUAGAAAGGUUGCCUAUCACCACGUUGAUAAAAGCGGAGAGAACUAUCGCACCGGUUUCACUGGAGAGACGCUUAAUUUGAAGUCGUCUGAUUUGAGCAUUCCGAACAAAGCCGCCCAUUUUCUUUACUUUCGUUGUUAUGAUGAGAGUGAAGUGCAGAAGGAGUUCCCGCUGACUAUAGACGAGAAUCGCAAAGGACCGCAGAACUUCCUAGUGGAGCCACGCGUUGGACUGAAAAACACGGACUACUACAUCGACAGCUAUCUGUGGAACCGUGGAAAAUCGACCAGUUCGAAGAAGAAGAUUUUUGUCGAAAUAGACGGAAAUCACGUCAAGACUUCUCGUCGCAGUAUAGAAUCGGCUCACUAUCUGCUGAACUGGUACUAUUCGAACAUGGAGAAUCGUAUUUGCAAAAAGGUAUGGUUUUUGUCCAGGUUUCGCUAAAAGAGCAAGAGAAUGAUGCAAUCACAAAUCCUAGAUUGGUUUACAGGUGUGCUGGCUCGAAACAACUUCCGACGGUGUGCGUGCCAGUCCAGUUCUCGUUCAAUAUCACGUCAACUAUCUAUCCGACAAUCCGAUCGAGUUGCGCAAAACGCCGAAGCUCUACAGUGACACUCGUUCGGUCGCCCAGGAACUGCUCAGAAGCGAUUCGCCUCUGCAGACAGUGGCUCGAUUCGUCGAGACCGGAGAAACGGACCCACGCGAGAUCAUCAACAAAAAACAAGUAAGUGACGGGAAAGUACACAUGUCAAAGUGAGAUGUUCAGGCGUAUGAAAUGCGACGCUACGUGAUGGCGAGCGCUCGCAAGAGACAAGCCCGUAAGAGAGAAUUCGAGGAGAGCGGAAUGUUCUACGACGACGAAAUGUACGAGGAGGUGUACUACGAUGAGCAAGGAGAACCGGUGAGCAUGCCGCCAACCAGAGCUCGUGAUCAGACCGAGGCCAGUCGAAUUGCGCAUAUGGUUAGAUAUCAGAAAUUCCAUUUCCAUUUCAAUCUCACGUUUUACAGGCAUGCCGGAUUGUCGGACGCAAAAUCGAGAACCGCAUCGCGUCGUACCUCGACAACCGUUUGGGACAGCCGAAAGGAAGAGACGUUCAGAGUCAGGCAGAGAUGCUCACUGAAUGGAUCAACACCCUGGACGGAACCACUCCAGACGAUUACGACAUUGCCAUCCACAGCGUCGUCGCAUCCAUGCGCAAGCAUCUAGACGAAAUUCUGUCGCCCGAUCAUGAGUAUAUUGUGGAUACCGGAUCCACCUCAAAGAGACGCCAUCACAUCGAAGAGGACGAAGGAACAUCGGGCAAGCAGCCGAGAUUCGAGGGUAACUCAGCGCAUCAUAAUCCCUCUAAUAAUCUUUUGUUUAUGCUUUGAAGGAGAGUCGUUCAUAUUCGAGGGCGAGUACGUCGAGGAGGAGGUGAUCGCUGAAGAACUUGCCGAAGGACCGAGCACUUCGGCGAACGGAGAGUCGUCGACCGAAGUGAAGUUCGAGCGCGCCGAAGGACCCACCUUCUUCUUCCCGACCGAGAGCGGAACUGACGUCACUGUCGAUCAAUAA